AUGGAGCCAAUCGAGGAGAACAGUGUUGCCGUCCCGGUUGCAGGUCCACCGGCCAUGGCCAUGCUGGAUGCCAAGGAGACCCAUCGCUUUGCCCGCUAUAUAAAGGAAUACUUCACGGCGGGAAUGAACAACGCAAUCCAGAACACAAGCGAUAAUUUCAACAAAUAUUUCGCAAAUUCGGCUUACAUUCCCAAGGAAACCUUCGAGCUGGCCAUCCAUGUCAUCGAAAGCGCCCCUGAGGGCGAGCUCGGCCGGGCCGCGUGUGACGGGUGCAACUGGCCUUAUUACUGGCCAAAGGACAGUUUUGCCCUCCUCCAGGACAUACAACGCUUCAAUGAGGGAGCUGAUGCUCUCCUUAACCAGGGACCGCCUGCUGGAUCUGUAGACCCCAACUUGCUGACACAACCGGCGAGCGAGCUAUAG